AUGCAAAAACUAGCUAUCUUGACAUUGGUUCUUGCUCUUGCAGCCGCCAAGUUUGUAGAUACACAUGCAAGCUUGGCUUAAAUUGAUGCCAAUCCAUUCGGAAAUGUCGUGUUGUCAGCCAUCAAAGCCCAUUUGUAAGCCUAAUCACCAGCCAACGAAGUUAAUAUGUUAUUGAACGGUGUUGCUGCUGGAUUACAAUAAGACUAAAAUGACCACGACCACGCUUUCGAAGUUGAUACAACCACAAACAACAGAAUCGUUGAAGACUUAGAAAAGGAAAUCUUGUAUCACUAAAAUCAAAUCUCAUCCAACACUUAAUUGAGAGAUGACACAAUUGAAGCUUUGGCUGUUUCUGAAGAAGACAUCAGAGUUACAAUUUCAGACAUUGCAACAAAUGAAUAAACUUAUGCUAGAGAAGAAGCCACAAGAAACUAAUAACACGAAACCUUUGUUGCCAAGGUUGCUGCCAUCGAUGAUGUUAUUGAUGCUAUUGAUGAUGCUGCCAAACUCAUCCAACAUUUGAGCUUAGGUGCUUCAUUCGUCCAAGUCAAAUCAAAGUAUGAAACAGUUCACAAGAGACUUACCGAUAACACUUCACACAGCCAACUCUUACAACCAGUCGUUGUUGCUCUUACUGAAUUGGCCACUCACGGUGUUAACUAAAAGGCAUUGACCAAGAUUGCUUAAUUAUUGAGCGAAAUCAGAUAAUAAUUAGUCUCAGAAAAGGCUACCAAGACUGACGUUGAAGAUAGAUAAGCUGCACACUGGGCUGAAUUCAGCGCUCAUUUGAGCAAUGAACACACCAGAUUUGGUUGAAAGAAAGGCUUAAUUGGAAGUCUAAAUCUAAGAAUAAAAAGAUACCAUUGAAGA